AUGGCAAAGUUGAUAGUGUAUCUUGCUUUCAUUAUAUAUUGUGGCGGAAAUAUGAUGCAGCUGCAAAAUAUGCAAGCAAUGGCAGCAGGAAUAGUCGCUGAUGUUAUCACAGAUUAUAAAGCUGACAAGUUAUGGGAUGAUUACUUAUUAAUGGAGACAACGCAAGUAGAAGAAUCAACAUUGACGAAUUGUGACACAAUGGAAAAUGGAAGAUUAUUUAUUUUGAAAGAAAAACCGCUGUUAUUGAUGGCAGAUACUGUUAACUUGGUGAAAUGGAAUUAG